GGGGAGUGGAAGGCAGACCUGGUCAAACAAAACAUACCUUUCACUCCAACUGUUACUCCCUUGGAGGUCUUGGCUGACGAGGCAGACGUCGCCCUUUGGAAGAAUGAGGGACUCCCGGCAGAUCGCAUUUCCAUCGAGAACGCCGCCAUUGUCAACUCCUGCAUGAGAUGGCCGUUGUUGAUAGACCCUCAGCUGCAAGGGACGCGUUGGGUAAAGCAGCGGGGCCACGAUAGUCUCAUAACAGUUUCUGUAAAUCGCGAUCGUUGGCUUACCAAAAUAACCGAUGCAAUCAGAAAUGGAGAUGUUCUCCUCAUCGAAAACCUCUCCGAGUCCAUUGAUCCUGUACUUGAUCCGCUGGUUUCGCGCAGCGUAUCCAGAAAGGUUUGUUAG